UUUUUUAUUUCCCUUCAAACGGCGUCGCUUGUCAGUUUUGACACCGUCGUUUGUUCGUGCUGGAGAAGGAAGACGAAGAAGAAGAUAUUCAGAUGAAAAGAGAUGAAGAAAGAAUAAAGAGAGAGCGCGAAUCUAGCGAUGGUUUGGAUUGGAAUGAAUUGGAUUAGAUUGAAACUUUUGAUUAAAUUUUAGAGGUGAAAACCUAAUAAGCAGAAAUUUAAAGCUCGAAUUUGCAUCACCUACCGUUUUUUUCUUUUGAUGAAUCACUAGUCACAGCAUUUAAAAGCAGUUGAUUUCGUAAAACCAUGGAAGAAGACGAGGACAAAGUUCUUCUUAGCGCGUUGGGUGUAACAUCUGCGAAUCCUGAAGACAUCGAACGUGACAUUUUAUCGCAGGCGAGAAACAAUUUAGUGAAUAAUGGUGAAGCUGGAGGGAGCACUGAGGAGGAACCUCUUGAUAAGUCAAAAAGUAUUGAUCCAUCAUUAGCCAGUGAAGCAAAACUCUAUAACAGAUUGAGGGCUGUAAACUUUGAAAUAGAUGCAGUUGCAUCCACUUUUGAGCAAGUGAAAAAUGUUGCCAGUGGUGAAGACCAUGCUAAUGAUGAUGCUGUGAAAGCAGAGCCUGGCGAUGGAGAAGAUGACAAGAGCACUGAUUUGACCCUUCAGGAAGCCUUAGCUGCAGACCGUUUAAGAAGUCUUAAGAGAACUAAGACUGAAAUUGAAAACGAACUCUCAGCUUUUCACAAGGAUGGCACUACCAGGGGUGUAGAUCAUGACAAAUUGUUGGCAAACCUGGUAAAAGAAGAGCCUAGGCAUAAGAGAAAGUCAAAGGAAGUUCAGAAGCCAGGCAAAAAGAAGGAAAAGAGUCAUAGAAAGGUCUCAUUUAAUGAUGAUACUGAUUUUGAUGCAAUGUUGGACGCAGCCUCUGCAGGAUUUGUUGAAACAGAAAGGGAUGAGCUAGUCAGAAAAGGAAUUUUGACUCCUUUUCAUAAGCUUAAGGGCUUUGAACGCCGUCUUCAGGAACCAGGGCCGUCAAGUGGGUUCAAUGCGUCAGAGGAAGAGGACAAGGAUCAUAAUUUCUCUUCUGAUAGUAUAUCUAGGGCUGCACAGUCAAUGUUGAAUGCUGCUAAAGCUCGCCCAGUGACUAAAUUGCUUGAUUCGGAUGAUGUACCAAAGCUUGAUACUCCUGCUCAACCUUUUCGGAGAUUGAAAACACCGUUGCAAGUUCCUCGAUCCCCAGAAAGUGAUACCGAUAAAACCAAGGGUUUAAAAAAGAAGAGAAGACGACCUUUGCCUGGUCGAAAAUGGACAAAGCGCAUUUCACAUGAGGCUAACCACUUGGAAGAAAGUGAAAAUGCUAGAGACGAUUCAGUUACAUCCAGCUAUGGAGAAGAAAACCUAGAGGACGAUGAAGAUGUCAAUGGUGUUAAUUCUUCUUUUGUAACACUUGAAGGUGGGUUAAAAAUCCCAGAAACCAUUUUUCACAAACUUUUUGAAUACCAGAAAGUGGGAGUGCAGUGGCUAUGGGAACUGCAUUGCCAAAGAGCUGGUGGUAUAAUCGGGGAUGAGAUGGGUCUUGGCAAGACUGUUCAAGUGCUAUCUUUUCUGGGAGCACUGCGUUCUAGUAAUAUGUAUAAACCAAGCAUUAUUGUGUGCCCUGUCACACUAUUGCAGCAAUGGAAAAGGGAGGCACAUAAGUGGUUCCCAUGCUGUCAUGUGGAAUUGCUGCAUGAUUCGGCUCAGGAUCUGCCUCAAAGGAAAAAGCGAGCCAAAUCUUCUGACAGUGAGUCUGAAACUGAAGGUUCACUUGACAGUGAUUAUGAGGGAAGUAUAACAUCUAAAAGCUCCAAGAAAUGGGAUUCCUUGAUAAAUCGAGUUUUGAAAUCAGAAGCUGGGUUGCUUAUUACCACUUAUGAGCAACUCAGAUUGCUAGGGGAAAAGUUGCUCGACAUUGAGUGGGGGUAUGCAGUUCUGGAUGAAGGGCAUCGAAUUCGCAAUCCAAAUGCUGAAGUUACUUUGGUUUGCAAACAGCUUCAGACAGUUCAUCGUAUCAUUAUGACUGGAGCGCCAAUUCAGAAUAAGUUGAGCGAAUUGUGGUCUUUGUUUGAUUUUGUUUUCCCUGGAAAGUUGGGGGUACUGCCAGUUUUUGAGGCAGAAUUUGCUGUCCCUAUAUCUGUUGGUGGCUAUGCCAAUGCCUCACCAUUGCAAGUAUCUACAGCAUACAGGUGUGCUGUGGUCUUGCGUGACUUAAUUAUGCCUUAUCUUCUUCGCCGUAUGAAGGUGGAUGUGAAUGCACAGCUUCCCAAGAAAACUGAACAUGUCCUAUUUUGUAGCCUUACUACAGAGCAACGUUCAGUGUAUAGAGCAUUUCUUGCAAGCACUGAAGUAGAAGCAAUCCUUGAUGGAAGUAGGAAUUCCCUAUAUGGAAUAGAUGUGAUGCGAAAGAUAUGUAACCACCCGGAUCUGCUUGAGAGAGAACAUUCCUAUCAGAAUCCUGACUAUGGAAAUCCUGAACGCAGUGGGAAAAUGAAAGUUGUUGCCCAAGUGCUAAAAGUUUGGCAGGAGCAAGGGCAUCGUGUCCUUCUUUUUGCUCAAACUCAACAGAUGCUCGACAUUCUUGAAAAUUUCUUGAACUCUGGUGGUUAUACUUACCGGAGAAUGGAUGGUCUGACUCCCAUAAAGCAGAGAAUGGCCUUAAUUGACGAAUUUAACAAUUCAAUUGAUGUGUAUAUUUUUAUCUUAACUACAAAGGUCGGCGGGUUAGGGACUAAUCUAACAGGGGCCAACAGAGUGAUUAUCUUUGACCCUGAUUGGAACCCAUCUACUGAUAUGCAGGCCAGGGAACGGGCUUGGCGAAUUGGUCAGAAAAGGGAUGUUACUGUGUACAGAUUGAUUACACGUGGGACUAUUGAGGAGAAAGUGUACCACCGGCAGAUUUACAAACAUUUUCUUACUAAUAAGAUAUUGCAAAACCCACAGCAGAAAAGGUUCUUUAAAGCUCGAGAUAUGAAGGAUCUUUUCAUUUUGAAAGAUGAUGGAGAGAGUGGGUCAACCGAAACAUCUAAUAUUUUCAGCCAAUUAUCUGAAGAUAUAAAUGUUGUUGCUGCAAAGAAAGAAGAGAAUAACCGAAAGAUUGAUCAUAAAGGUGCAUCACAUGCUGAUGAUGCUGUAGUUGACAAAGGAAACAGCUCUGAGAUUGGACAUUUCAAGAAGAAAAGUAAAGAAAAAGCCAACCUUAGUGAUGGAGAAGUAGACGAAGAAACAAAUAUUUUGAGAGGUCUGUUUGAUGCUCAAGGGAUACAUAGUGCUGUGAACCAUGACUUAAUUAUGAAUGCACAUGAUGAGGAGAAGAUGAGACUUGAGGAGCAAGCUUCUCAAGUUGCGCAAAGGGCAGCAGAAGCAUUAAGGCAAUCACGAAUGCUCCGAAAUCGUGAUAGUGUAUCUAUCCCAACAUGGACAGGGAAAUCAGGGACCGCUGGCGCACCAUCGUCCGUUCGCCGUAAAUUUGGAUCUACUCUGAACUCUCAUCUGACAAGAUUAUCUGAUGAAUCAUCCAGAAAUAAAACAAGCAGCAUGAAUGGAAUAGGAGCCGGAGCUUCUUCCGGGAAGGCAUUAUCGUCAGCUGAACUAUUGGGUAGAAUUCGAGGAAAUCAAGAGAGAGCUGUCGGUGCGGGACUUGAACAGCAACUUGGAUUGGCUUCAAGUUCUGGUAACAGAGCAAGGUUUCCAGACAACGAAGCAUCUAAACCAUCUAAAAGUUUGUCCGGCGCUCAGCCUGAAAUACUGGUUCGUAAAAUGUGUACGUUUGUACAGCAGAACGGUGGAGUCACUAAUUCUGCAAGCAUAGUGAAUCAUUUUAAGGACAGGAUCCUUGAGAAGGACAUGCCCUUAUUUAAGAAUCUUCUGAAGGAAAUAGCAACACUGGAGAAGAAUGCAAAUGGAAAGGUAUGGGUUCUGAAACCCGAGUAUCGAUAGCGGUAAUGUCAUAACGUUGGAAGUCCGAGGUCACGCAAGUAGGUUACAUUUUCCACAUUGACCCUUCUAUAUUCAUUCUUUUGCUGAGAAACUAAUCUGGAACUUCCAUAGAAUGUUGUUUGGGCACUGUAGUUUAGCAGUAGAGUUCAGUUGUUUUUUUUUUAUCACAACCACAGAGAAAGGACUAUUUUAUUUUUGUUGUAGGAUGCAGUUGUAAUUGUUAUUUUUUUUAGUCCCAUCACAAUUGUAAAUAUGGAAGGGUGUUUUGAUCAUCAGUCAUAACUGUCAACCGGCUGAAAUUUCAACUUUUUUACGGUUAGAACUGGCGGAAAUUUCAACUGUAACUGUUAGAACUGGCUAAUCAGCUCUACCAAUUUAAAUGUUAAUUGUUACUGUGAGGUUAAUAUUUUGCAUCAUAUUCAGUUUGUAAAUCUAUGGAAUACCAACGGUGUUUAGUUUAUCUACAAAUUUACUUGCAGUGCUA